AGAGGUCCUUCAGUCUUCCUCCACAGAGGCAGGAAGUGUCCGAAAACUGCCCGAGAUGCAACUGCAGCCAAACCCAGGCACUCUCAUCCAAUCAGAAUCCAGCACAAACGCAGGAGCGCUCAUUCUCCCACGCUCCAUCCAAUCAGAAUCCAGCACAAACGCAGGAGCGCUCAUUCUCCCACGCUCCAUCCAAUCAGAAUCCAGCACAAACGCAGGAGCACGCCUUCUCCCACGCUCCAUCCAAUCAGAAUCCAGCACAAACGCAGGAUCACGCCUUCUCCCACGCUCCAUCCAAUCAAAUGCCGCAUCAGGACCGGACUUUUACCGUAGCUCCGCCCAGUCCCAUGUUCUCCAGGAGGGGCUUCAGACCGGUGGCUCCUCCCCAGGCAGAGAGAGACCUGAUGGGGGUGUAUUCUCAGCAGGAGAGGGGGGAGGUUUUAUCCUCUCGACCUCCACCUCCACUUCCACCAAAAGAGAGCAGUAAGAACAGGGUAUCUGAGAUGAUCAUCAGCCCUGAGGAGGACAGAGUAACAGUGAAGCCUCUCAAAAACCACUCAAACAUCAGACCUGGAGCAGAGUGGGAGAGAACUCCAUCUCCCAGAGUUCAUAGCGACUCAACCCUUCCACCUUUGAUGGAUAACGUCGGCGUGGUUUCCCCUCCUGAAUCCUACCUCUUCCACAGCAUCGAGCCCCAGAAGAUCUCUCUCGAACCAGGGAACGAAUCAGAAACCACCCUGAGCCCAAGUCCCGCCCACAGCCUGGACGCAGAGCUGGACAUCCCCAUGGAGACGGACAUCGACGACUUCCAGGAGGAGGACGUGCUUCUGGCCGAGGACGAGCCAAUCACCAGCGAGCUGCCGUGCUUCGCUCUGCCGGUGACGGUGCUGGAGACGGACAUCGACACGUUGGAGGAGGAGAGCGGAGGAGAGAGGCUGAGUCUGGAGGAGCUCUUCCCCCAAAACAGUGAGGGGGAGUCGGGUAGAGAGAGCUGGAGAGGAGCCUAUCAGAGCCCGGAGCACAACAACAACAGCCUGGACAG